AUGACCCGCCUCCUUCGAGCCCUGGAAGGCCAGACGCCGGGCGGCAGCACCGGUCGGCCUCUCUCCGGGGUGGCCUCGCUGUGCCGCGACUGGCUGUCGGAGCUGCCCCUGAAGGUGGUGGCCGAAUGGCUCCACGAGGAUCUGGCCGAGCAGCGGCGGCGCCUGUCCUUCGACGAGAGCCCCACCGGCGGAGCCUUGGCCUGGCUGCCCGACGGCGCCCGCGGUAAACCUCCCCGCCGGGGCUGCCUGGUGUUCCCGGCCGGGGAAGCGGCGGACCGGCUCUGCUUCCAGGAGGCGGCCUUGAGGCCAGUGGCCAGCGGCGCCCUAAGACCCGAACUCCGCGGCUUCCCCGUCCAGUUCGAGCUCAAUGGAGCCGUCCAGCAAGUGGCAGCAGCGCACCUGGAGGGCAGCGACUUCCUGGGGGUGCGCUCCGACCAUUUCUGCGGGGCCUGGAGGAAGCAGCGUGGAAAGACCCCCAGUCCUCUGCAGGUGGUUCGCACAGAAGCCCCCUGUUCUUCCAUCGCAGUCAGCCCCCACCUACCCGGCGAGCUGUCCUUGUGCACCCUGCAAGGGGAGCUGUACCUCUGGAACGUGGAGACGGGGCUCCGGCGGCUGCACCACGACCGCGACAGCCUCUUCUUCCGGGACCCUUCCCCUUGGCGCUGGAGCGAGUUUUCUGCCCACCCACAAGUGCUGACUUUUGCUGACCACACCGGCCUGAAGGGUCUCGACCAGAGGGUGUCCUCCCACUUCGACCUCUUCAAGGUGGGGGCUGAAGCGGAUUGCCAGCGUGGGGAACGCCUUGUCCUCUCCAAGUACCUGGGCCCUUCGGAGCCCUUCCACCACUUAGUGACAUUAACAUUCAUUCACCCGAAGUUUUCGGUCUUUGUGCUGGACGAACGCUUCCCCCUGGUGCCUGUCCUGUCCUGGGAGCACAUGAUGCAGCGGCCACCCAUCUAUGCCCACCACAUACCUGCCGGGCCUGGGCAGCACAGCCACAAAGUGCUCCUGGGUGCCCACCACUCCCAGGAGAUGCUCCUGCUGCAGUACUCAGGUGGGCACAGCCUCCCUUGCCAGCUCCAAGGUGCGCCCCAGAAGCUGCCCUCCAUCAAGGAGUGUCUGCCCCACUUUCCCACGCAGGUGCCUGUGAGGCAGAGCGCCCUCAGCCAGCGGCUCUCCGUCCCCACAGCAGGCAUUGCAGCAGCCCUGGGCCAGAAGGAGGGCAUCCAGACCCUGCUGAUCUUCCAGCUUUCCCAGGCCGGGGACCUCUUCUACCAGCCGCUGCUCCCCAAGGCCAAUGGGGAUGCUCCCACCGACUCGGAGCCAGAGACCAGUGUUGCAGGCGCCGUGGUGGGCAGACCCUGCCAGGACCCCAUUUCUCCAGACGGAGCCAAGACCACUUGUACCCCAGCAGCUGCAACCCUCUACCGGCGCUGGCUGAGGUCCUGGAAGCGGGCUGCCCCACCCACCCUGUACUGGCAGUGCCCUCCGGCCACGCUCAACCAGGGCUGCCUCUUCGCCCACCGAGAGCCGAGGGACACGGAGGGGGCUUCCCCGUCCUCUCUGGAGGCUUCCUGCCGCCUGCGCGGGGCCAUGCGGGAAGAGCAGCUCUUCUGCUCCUGGGGGGACGAGAGUGGUGUCCCUGUGCCCCCUGCCCCACAGCUCCCCCUAGGGGAGCUCAGCCAGCGACUGGAGGCUUCCUGGGCGGGUGACUGGGCGGCCUGGUGGCUGGAAAGGUUGGGGGCCACCAAGGCCCGGCGACAGCAGGCGCUGAGGGAGCAGCGGAGGCGAGCCAAGCGGCGCAGGGGGACGCAGAGCCUCUCGGGCAGCUUCACCUCCUCCACCAGCUACCAGUCGGAGCUCAGUGACUGGUCGGGGGACGGCAGGGCUCCCAGGCCCCCUCCCGCCCUGCCCGCGGAGCCCCCCUCCCAGGCUCCCCCCACUUUGCCAGCCGCUUCCCAGGGGGACUCCCAGGAGCUGCUGUCCUCGCAGAGCUUGAGCGCCCGGGGCAUCCCCCACGAACGACGCCAGACUCUGCGCAGGUAUCUGGCUGUGCUGGACCAGCCCCCGGAGCCCCCCGAGGAGCCCCUGUCUGCCAGCCAGGCUUCGGUGCGCAGCAGCCAGCGGGGACCCUCCUCUUCCCAGGGGCCCCAGCCGAAACGGGCCCGCAUGGGCUUCUGA